AUGGGCUGCGGACCUGCCCCCGGCCGGGGCGACCGAGUCGCUGGACGAGCGGGCCGCGGGGUGCCACUACCGCCUCAUCGCUCCGGGGAGCCGGAGCCACGGCGAGCGGAGAAGCCGGCGACGGACGGACGCGCUGCCAUGGCGGACGUCGAGGGGGAAAGCGUCAGCUGGAGGUGGCGCGGCGAACGCCAGGCCCUGGCCGCGACUCACGCGAGGUCCCUACGGCCCUCCGAGACGCCAGAAGUCAACCACUCCCCAAGGCCACCGCAGCUGCUCCUCUGCUCCCGCCCCCUCCCCCCGCAGCAGCUCAUCACCAAGCACCCACUCCGCAGCGACUCAGCCGCUGCGCCGGGCCUGCUGGGAAAUGUAGUUCAAAGUUCGGCCCGAGCUGCAGGUCUCUGCCUAACAACGAACUACCACUCCCAGUAGUCAACGCUGCUC